AUGGCAGGGAAAUCUGGGAGUGGUUCAUCUUCGAGACUGCAAUCCAGCAACAGAAUCCAAAAGGCGAAUCUGAAACCAAAAUCAAAGUUGAAAUUCAAAUCGGGUAAAUCCACACCUUCCACCUCAUUGUCAUCGUCAUCGUCAUCCCACAUUUCGAAAUCCAAGUCGAAAGCUGCAAAGAGCAAACUAGAUAGAUUACAUGCUGACACCACGGAAUUCAACGAGGUCACCAAUCUUUUGGCUCAAAAGCCCGACAAUGCAAAGGAAAAACUGAAAGUGUUGAGUUGUAUCAAAGACGAUUACAGGAGAGAUGAAGAGGAAAAGAGAAAGUCCAAGUUGGCAAGCGAGGAAAUGAAGAAACAGAUGGACCUUUUGAGUGAGAUCGGCCUCAAGUAA